CGGCCGUGUAGUAGUCACAGAUGGAACCCCCAAAAUGACAAGUUACGUGUAAAUCCACAACGAAACUACCGUUUUUGGUUUCGGGAAGAAUAUGGCUCGAUCUACUCAGUUGCUGUGGUUCAUUUUUGUGUCCUCCCUUAUUCAAGCACUUGUUGUCCAAGCCUCACUGUGGCUGAACUUAUGGCCAAAUAAAGCGGUGAACCAGCCAAACUGCAUGAACUUUAACAAUGAGACCUGUGAACCCUGUAUUCCUGGAACGAUACCAGAUUCAGAUUCAAAAGACUGUUUGUGCUGCGCAGCGGCGCAGUUUCCUGGCGAAUGCAGUCAAAACAAAUGCGUUAAUUGUACAAAAGGAUCUUACCAACCGUCUCCAGGACAAACAGUGUGUCGUCCUUGUCCUGUCGGGGAAUUCACAGACGUGGAAGGCAGCGAGUUGUGUCAGAAUUGCAGCUUGGGUCACUUUGCCAACAUGUCUGGCUCCCGUACCUGUGGGCCAUGCAAGCCUGGUACCUUUGCCAAUGUGACUGGCUCAUCAACCUGCUUAGAAUGUCCGAAGGGUCACUACCAGAAUGACACUGCUCAGAAGAAGUGCCUGCCUUGUCAAGAGGGUCAGUUUGCAAACACUACGAGGCUCUCCAAAUGUUCAAAGUGUCUUGCAGGAACUUUUUCCAAUAUCAGCGCUGCCAUCAACUGCACCAGGUGCCAGCCAGGGCAUUAUCAGCAUGCUGAAGAUUCCGCCGAGUGUCAUCCUUGUGAUGAGGGCACAGCAACAUCUAAAUUCGGCAGUUCAAAGUGUAACGAAUGUUUACCUGGUUCCUUUGCUAAUAAGACAGGAAGCAAGGAAUGUGGUUUCUGCAUGCCAGGUUCAUUUUCAAAUACUUCUAAGACGACUAACUGCACGUUAUGUGAGCCAGGAAUGUUUCAGGGUCUGUCAGGGAGUCGGAACUGUCUAAACUGUGAAGUUGGGAGCCAUUGCAGCAAGCACGGAUGCUCCAGUUGUGCCAGCUGCCCAGCAGGUCAUGAGGCCAUCCAUACCAAAGCUAGUAACUGUACUCCGUGCGAGUCUGGUAAAUACAGACAGGAAGGGAGUAGAGGUAUAUGCAAGGAAUGCUCAUCGGGAUGGUACCAGACUAAUAGUGGUAUGUCCUCAUGCAUCAUUUGCCCGGAGGGAUUUUACUGUCCGUGCAAGUAUUGCAAGCCACUAAAGUGUCCUGAAGAUGCAUAUUGCCCUAGAGGAAGCCUUCAACCGCAGUACAUCUACUGCACUGCGCUCUUCUACAAAACACCAGAGGAUAAAUGUCGUCCAGAGGCGUCAUUUUUUGUUGUUCUCGGACUGGCCAUCCUGGUUGCCAUGGUGACAGCGGUCUGCGUAUUACAGCACCGUCGACGACCGCAGACUGUCAGGGCCGAAGAAGACGAGCUACUUAGAUCGCAAAAGGAUGGAGCACCAGUCUACGCAGGACUGUAGAGGGCUAGAAGUUUCCAUCGGAGGGUUUGGCUGUAUUUCGGCUCGUCAAAUUAAGGCAGGUUUUUACUGAGUUGUUAAUGUAUGAAUGUUAAUCUUAAUUACAUGUAGCAACCAUAGUCAUCUGUGUUGAUAGUACAGUGGUAGCAAAAAUACAUUGGGUGCCUUCAUUUAGCUUCCCAUGGUUGACCUCAGUCUGCGCCCAGUACGUUCGAAUAGCUUUGAUGUCAUUCCAGUGGCUCGCCCGGGUCAGCCCCAAGUGCCCUGCUUGUGGAGUGGGUCACUUGGGGGCUGGCCCCAGGUGCACGACAUCACCACGCGAGGGUGAGUGAUUGGUUGAAUAGCUCUUUUCAGGGGCUCACCUGAAUGAGCACCGCAGGAUCGACACAGGGAAGCUAAUCGAACGCACCCAAUGUAACUAAUAUCUCAGGGCCAAGUAGACACCAUUUCUGAUGACAUCACGGUUUGAUGGUCCCAAAUCUCAUACAGCUGCUUCGGCAGAAUAUAUUGCUUAACAUUUUAUGCUAAGCAGAAAUGAGCAGGAUACCAGUCACAAGCUGUACAUGUGACAUACA